GUGGGAUUUGAUGAAGAAUGGACUUGUUUCCCUGUUGGAAAUAACUUUCUCUGAAAAUGAAGAAACUGCUUGUAUUAACUCUGUCCUUUUUAGUUGUGCAUGGUGUGUUUGGUGAUACAGAUAUAAUAAAGUCAGUAUCAGUGAUGGAGGGAGAUUCUGUCUCUCUAAACACUGAUGUUAAAGUACAGAGAGAUGAUCAGAUUCUGUGGAUGUUUGGACCUAAAGAGACGAGAAUAGCUGAAAUCUACAGACAGAACAUCUCAACUUACACAUAUAACAGGACAUUUGGAGACAGACUCAAUAUGAACAAACAAACUGGAUCUCUGACAAUCGAAAACGUCAGAACUCAACACACUGGACUUUAUAAAGUACAGAUCGUCACUAAUGAAGCAACUUCAUGCAAGACAGUCAAGCUUACUGUCUAUGCUUGUCUGCCUGUUCCUGUCAUCUCAAGCAACUCUUCAAGCUGUUCGUCAUCAUCAUCAUCAUCAUCAUCAUCAUCAGUGUCUAAUUGUUCACUGCUGUGUUCGGCUGUGAAUGUGAGUGCUGUGACUCUCUCCUGGUACAAAGGAAACAGUUUAUUGUCCAGCAUCAGUGUGUCUGAUCUCAGCAUCAGUCUCUCUCUACCUCUGGAGGUGGAAUAUCAGGAGAACAACAUCUACAGCUGUGUGAUCAACAAUCCCAUCACAAACCAGACCACACAUCUGGACAUCACUCAACUCUGUCAUAUGUGUCCAGGUAUGUCAGAGCUGCUGAUAUCAACUGAUCAUUUACAGAACUGA